AUGAUUUUAUUAUUAUUGCUAUCACUUCUAAAAAUCAAUGAUAUAAAAUGCGAAGUGUUUUGGUCGGCACCGAAUUUUCCAGAUCUUCGCGGUCCAACAAUGGAUAAAUGUGUGACAUUGUUGCCAAGAAAUAAACAACAAUUAUUUUUCUGUGAUCCCGAUCAUAUUUUAAAUAAUACACAAGGUAGGAGAUUCCGCUGAUUUUGAGGGGAAAAACAUCUGACACAUUCGAUCUUCAAACUAUUGAAGAGCUCUUCAGACACAAAAAAAAGAAAAUAAUGAAUUGCAGCUCUACAAUUGAAUGCUCUUCUUCAAGAAGUGGCUGUUGGAACACCGUGUCAUUGUCAAAGAAGAUCGCAAUGCACUUCAGGAAAUGAAGGUGCGCAAUUUUAGAAAAUCAAAAUUAGUUUUCAAAGAACAUUCCAAUUAGAGCCACGUGGAUGUAAACAGAACAAAUUUGAAAAAAUUAUAUAAACUAAUUUUUUGCGGAUCAAAAACUUGGAACUUUUUUCUCAAGUUUUGUUUUCUCAACAUUCUUCGCAGUUACGUGAUCCACAGUAAUCUUGAGAUUUUCAAAGGAACAUUGGUUUUUAAACUUUUAAAAAUAUUCUGUCUCUGAAAUUAAUUAGCCUUCCAUUAUUUUCUGAAUUUUCCCAGGUGAUGAAAAAGCAUCUGAUCAAGAAGGCCAUGGAUUUAUCGUAAGUAUCGCGAUGGUUGAAAAUCUUCAAAUGCCAAUGCAUACACCAAGUGAUCAGUAAGUCUUUUUUAUUUUUCAAAAUUCAAAAAACUUUUCCAGACAAAUCAAAAAUCGAGCCGAUCGUUUUUGUAAAGCACUCGAAGGUCGUUGGGCACUUGGAGAUUGCGGAAAUUCAGUUAUUGUAUUCAUUUGGAGACAUUAUGGAAAGGUUAGCUCAGAUUAGAUUUCUCAACAAAAAAAUUAUUUAAAAAAAUUUCAGAUGGCAAUUUGUCCCGCAAGAUUGGCUGAAAAAUAUAUAACCCUGAAUGAGAGAAUAUCAAUUCUAUCGAGAGCCAAUAAAUACGCUUUGACACAGGAUUGGUAUUCGGCGCUGAAUUUUAUUAUCAGUGAGUGAACACAAGAUUUCAGUUUUUUAAAAUUCACUUUUUUUGCAGAAGAAAUAUCGAUGGAAUUGAAUGGAGAACCUGAGCCGCGAUUUGACACUGGAACUUUAUCUUUAUUAUUAUCUGUUGGAUUAGCGGUCGUUUUGACAUUAUUCAUCACUUGUAAGUUGUUUUUUUUUGAGUUUUUCGAAAUUGAAGUGAUCUAGAAGUGAUCCUGAAAUUUCUUGCUCUACAGUAACCCAGGGGAUUUUUUUUUCAUUAUUUUAAAAAUCUAAAAAUAAUUUCUCACGUCAUGACCACGUGUUUUUCUUUAUUUUUAAUUUCCAUUUUGAAAAAUAGGAAUAAUUCUCAAACUACAGUAACCCAAUUCCUACUUUUGAGAUGAGUUUCAGAAUUUUCACAAAAAAUUGAGUUACUGUAUUUCAAUUGAAAAUUGAAAAUUUCUUCAAAUCAGUUGAUAUGUUUGGGUUACUGUAACUCAUUCAACGUUUUAAUUGAUAUACAGGAAUCCUGGAUCUACAGUAAUCCUCAGUUCUCUUUUGGCUCAGAUAAUUUUUUAGCUGAUCUACAGAAACCCAAAUCAUCUACAGUAAUCCAGGAUCUUGAUAUUCAGUAGUCCUCUCGUUCUAAUCCAAAAUUUUCACUCUACCCACAGUAAUCUAUGAUCUUACUCUAGUACACCACCACCUGAUCUACCGUACUAUUUUCUAGGUUGUGUUUGCGCAUUCCGAUGUUGUGGAAAUGUUCGAACACGAGAACGUCGAAAAAGUGUCGAAAGAGCAGUUGACAAUCUACGAAAUAGUGUGAUUCGAAGAGGAAGUCAAUUUCGACGAUCAAUAAGUCGAAGUCCAAAAAUGCUAAAUCCAACAAAUGUAUUUUUUGGCGACGCAACAGCUGUCUAA